GAACCGUGAGCUCGCGAAGUGGUGUCGGUGAUCGCAAUGCGGCGGAAGUCGCGCGUUCCGGUCGCGCGAUGAACGCGCGUCGCACGUUUCUCGUAUGCUUUGGGUCGCAAGUCGCGCUUCCUAUGAUUUUGCUGAUAGUGCUAUUCUCCUUUACAGAAGCACAAUUUGAUCGUACUGUGAUGGUGGAUCGGAUGGAGAAUGUGACCCACACUGUGUCUCGGAUUCUAGAUGGAUACGACAUCAGAUUGAGGCCUAAUUUUGGUGGUGACCCCCUGUAUGUUGGCAUGGACUUGACCAUUGCGAGUUUUGAUGCUAUUUCAGAAGUUAAUAUGGACUACACAAUAACACUUUAUCUUAAUCAGUACUGGAAGGAUGAAAGGUUGGCUUUUGGGUUUACAGAAGAGCUUUUGACCCUAUCUGGCGACUUUGCUGAUAAAAUUUGGGUACCGGAUACAUUCUUCGCUAACGAUAAAAAUAGCUUCUUACACGAUGUGACGGAACGUAAUAAGCUGGUGCGUCUGGGUGGCGACGGCACCAUCACGUACGGGAUGCGGUUCACUGCCACCCUGGCUUGUAUGAUGGACCUCCACUACUACCCGCUCGACAGCCAGAAUUGCACCGUCGAGAUUGAAAGCUAUGGUUACACGGUGUCGGAUGUGGUCAUGUACUGGAAAGAGACACCAGUGCGAGGAGUUGAAGACGCCGAGCUGCCGCAGUUCACCAUACUGGGACAUGAAACUAAUGAUCGAAAGGAGAAGUUAGCGACUGGUGUUUAUCAGAGGCUUUCACUCAGCUUCAAGCUACGGCGGAACAUCGGAUACUUUGUGUUUCAAACUUACUUGCCGAGCAUUCUUAUUGUGAUGCUCUCGUGGGUGUCUUUCUGGAUCAACCAUGAAGCCACUUCAGCGAGAGUUGCUUUAGGCAUCACAACUGUCCUGACGAUGACCACAAUAAGUACGGGCGUCCGCAGCAGUCUGCCCCGCAUCUCGUAUGUGAAGGCUAUCGACAUAUACCUGGUGAUGUCUUUCGUAUUCGUGUUCGCCGCUCUUCUGGAGUACGCGGCGGUCAACUACACGUACUGGGGAGCACGGGCCAGGAAGCGCGCCAAGUUAAAAAACCGGGACCUCUCUGCGAGCACAAGCGUUGAAAAGGACCUUAGGACUAGUGGGUCUCGAUCUCCAGAAGAAAUAAUAGCUCUCCGUGAAUGUAGUGCAGGAUCAGGAAGGUUGUCGCCACUCUUGGGGCUCAGGUCGAAGCCUCUACCCGCGGCCGUGGGGGCCCCGUCCUUGAGGCUUCAGAGAGACUACAGCACCAUGAGAUAUAGAACACGACCACACUCUAGGACAUCUAAAAAUAGUGCCAGCCACAAGCCUCGUAUGAUGCAUGCUCUACGUAAGAGUGCAACUGUCAUUAAGUCAUCCAUGCCAAAGAUCCGUGACGUCAAUGUAAUAGACACGUACUCUCGAGUUAUAUUCCCAAUAUGUUUUCUUAUAUUUAACGCCAUCUAUUGGGGCUUCUAUGUAAUUGAUUAAGCAUCCAACGUAACAAACCUCAGUACAGGGCGUCGAAUAAAAUGGCGGUAUUUAGCGCGUACUCUGUGUC